AUGAACACCCUCAAGAGACUGCAGCCCAUUGUGGCACAGAUGCGGGCGCCAUUGCCGGCAAGGCAGCUUGCUCGCAGCUUCUCGGCGUCUGCCGUGCGGCCCUACGAGUUUAUCCAGGUGUCGGAGCCUCGACCGGGCGUUGGUCAAGUGACGCUGAACCGGCCCAAGGCGCUGAACGCACUGUCGACGCCGCUGAUCACGGAGCUGAACGAGGCGCUGAGCAGGUUCAACGCGGCCGACAACGUGCUGGCGAUCGUGCUCUCGGGCUCGCAGCGGGCGUUUGCGGCGGGAGCGGACAUCAAGGAGAUGGCGCCGCUGACGUUUUCGCGGGCGUACACGGGCGCGUUCAUCGAGUCGUGGUCGGACCUGGCACUGCGGAUCAAGAAGCCGGUGAUCGCGGCGGUGUCGGGCCACGCGCUGGGCGGUGGCUGCGAGCUGGCGCUGAUGUGCGAUACGCUCUACUGCACCGACACGGCCAGCUUCGGACAGCCGGAGAUCAAGUUGGGAACGGUGCCGGGGGCCGGUGGCAGCCAGCGACUGACACGGGCGAUCGGCAAGGCGCGGGCGAUGGAGCUCAUCCUUACGGGCAAGACGUUCUCGGGCGUCGAGGCGGCCCAAUGGGGCGUGGCGGCGCGGUCGUUUGCGACGUACGAGGAGCUGAUGGCGGCGACGCUCCAGACAGCCGAGACGAUCGCCAGCUACUCGCGGGUGGCUGUGCUGGCGGCCAAGGAGGUGGUCAACAAGAGCCAGGACCUGCCGCUGCGCGACGGCGUGGAGUACGAGCGGCGCGUGUUCCACAGCCUCUUUGGCAGCCAGGACCAAAAGAUUGGCAUGAAGGCAUUUGCCGAAAAGCAGAAGCCCGUUUGGACCAACGAGUAG